GGAGUCGAGCUGUGCGAACGGGCGUGCCGAAGUGCAACCCCCCUCUCACUCUGUGUCUCUAUCUCUCGCACACUGCCUCUCCCUCUGUGUGCCGACGGUGUUGUGCCUGAAGAUGUGGAGCGUUCCGUUCCCACUCGGCCCAAAAAGGAAAUAGCUGAAUUGCUAACGAUUGGCAUGUUUGAAAAACUUGACAGAUCCACAGGCCUAGGGUGCUCAUCACUUCGCUUUAAUUGAGGCUUCUUGGGGAUCUGGGCAUUACGAGGGUGGUGUGGUGAUCUGGUGGGGGUGCUGCACGAGUGUGACGGCUAUGGCGGCGGCGAUGGUGGGCUGUGUGGACCAUGUUUCGAGGCUGACCUCGGGCGCUCUGACGCCAGGACCCGGCGUUCUUCAACUGCGUAGCGGCGUCUUGCGGGGAUCCCAGCCGCCCCCUCAGCCGCCGGCGGCAGUUGGCGCUCUGUCGGUGCGCUCGGCGCCUGUCCCCGCGUCUCCGCCUGCCUGCUGCUCGUCUUCCAGCGCCGUGUUGCGAAGAGCGCGCGCGCUGUCCGCAGCUUCUUCCUCUUACAGCGGAGGCGGCUUCUGCGCGGAAACCUUCCGAGCCGCCGCCGCCGCGUCGUUAGCGCGGGUGGCGCCAACGUCGACGUCGUCAAGAACCGGUCAUCAGUUGGGUGCGAACGGCGGCGCAUCGGUCGGUCCGCGCAUCGUGUGUCUGCAGGCAGUGGAGGAGCUUCCCGCCAAUCUUCAGAGCAUCGUGAAGGGAUUUCAAGCCGUGCCCGAUCCCAUGGCGCGCUAUCAGCAGCUGUUGUACUACGCGACAAAACUGGAGCCCCUUCCGGCGGAGCUCCACCUUCCCCAGUACAAGGUAAAGGGGUGUGUGUCGCAGGUGUGGGUGGUCCCCACACUUCGCGAGGAUGGCACCGUCCACUUCCGCGCGGACUCCGACAGCGCGCUGACCAAGGGGUUGGCCGCUCUGCUCGUCGGAGGCCUGAGCGGAUCCCGACCGGAAGACAUCAUUCGGAUCAGCCCAGAUUUCAUUGAGCUGCUGGGCCUCAAGCAGAAGCUCACUCCAUCACGAAACAAUGGCUUCUUGAACAUGCUGGUAACGAUGCAAAAACUCACGCUAGAGUUGUACAUGGAGGCGGAGGGGAGGAAGAACGCGGGAGCGAGCGAUGGCACAGAUGAUGACGUGGGGAACGUGGCGAGGGAGGUGAUGGGGUCGGCGGCUAAUUCGAAUGAGAAUGGGAGUGGUGGUCGAGGGGGAGACCAGGGAGAGAGACCAGGGAGGGAGAACGGAGGUGGUACUGUGGAGCGGGAGGUGGUGGGGCAACAGCAAUCAGUGGCGGCGGCGGCGGCAUCCAGCAGUGGGAGACCAGUGUUCGAGUCCAUGAAACGAAAGAUUGAGGCCUCUCUGCGGCCAUCGCUUCUCGAGAUAGAAGACCAAUCUAGUGAGCAUUCUGGACACGCAGGCGUUGCUUCUUCAGCGGGCAAGGAAACACAUUUCACUGUGAAGGUGGUUUCAGAGGAGUUUGAAGGGAAGUCGAGUGUCAAACGUCACCGUCUCAUCUACGAUUUGCUCGAUGAAGAGUUUGCGAGUGGGUUGCAUGCACUGUCUUUGAUUACGAAGGCUCCCUCCGAGGUCUAAGGAGCAACAAGGUGGCAUAGAGUACCCACUAUAGGUUUACUCAAAUGAAUGGCCCUGAUUCAUGUUUUGUAUAAAAUGAAUGGAUCCCUGACUCCCGGGCUGUCUGAUGUCAGGUGAGUUGUGAAGAUCAUUGCGUCACCUCACUCGCAACAUUUCUUUCUUUCUUUCUUUCUUUCUUUCUUUCUUUCUUUCUUUCUUCUGGAAAUGAAUACGAGAGCAGCGCCUGGUGAACGCAGUUGAAUUGUAGCUUCCCACGGAGCUUAGGAAAGUCAGUUAGGAAUUCCCGAACAACUUUGUGUGUUGUCUCUUUUUUUUUUUUUUUUUGUCUUCUUCAUUCUUAUGGGGUGUGGAAUUCCCUUACAACUUUGUGUGUUGUCUUCUUCAUUCUUAUGGAGUGUCGAAUUCCCUUACAACCUUACAAGUUACAACUUUGUGUGUUGUCUUCUUCAUUCUUCAUUCUUGUGGCUGCAUGGUCAAGUGCACGCGUCGAUGAAUCCAUGCGAGUCUUGUGAGGACCAACAAGUCGAGUUGGUGCGAUUUUGUGGUUUCUGGAAGGUGAUGCUUUAGGCCUUUGAUCAAUGAACAAGAUAUCAAAUAUCGUCCAUUGCAACUAGGGCAUAUAAGUUCUGGUCGGUGUAGCACUUUGCCGACUCUCAAGUUGGCAAAAAGUGCAGCGCCAUGUUCAGUAUAGCUCAGGCUUUGAUGGGUAUCACCCUCGGAGAGCAGCGAGGGAGGUGGUCUGGGUAGCUGGCUGGGAGUAGGAGGUUUCGAGGAUGAUUUGAGCGAUUGGUAAAUCUUUCAGUAAAUCUCUAUACCUUAUAAAAACUGCAACGGGCCCACCGUAACGCCCUGUGCUGGGCCCAGCGGAAAUCUGUAUGGAGGCCGACGGUCCGAACGGGACUGAGGGCAAAGGGUCCCGCGGGAUCGCGGACGAGAAUUUUUGGGAGGCGCAAAUCUGUUCGGAGGCCGACGGCCUGAGUGGGACUGAGGGCAAAGGGUGCCGCGGCGGGACCGCGCGUGAUGCACCAUUCCGUA